GCAGAGAAUAGUUUGAAAAAUGAGUCCAAAAAACAUACAACUAAAAGUCCAUUCCCAAACUUUGAAGCUAAACAUUUCCUGGUUCACAUGAAGCUCUCUUACAACAUGUGAGCAAGUGCACGGGGGCAUAUUUAGCUCCUCAGUAAGGCCUGCGGCCACUGUUUUCUUGUGAACCCACCUAUCCUCUCUCUGCCAACCACUGUCUCUGCAACAGUUUAUAAACAACUUUUUAUUUCUUUUCUUGUUUUCUCUGUAUCUUUAAGCCCGUUUGGAUUGAUGUAGGAGGAAUAAUGGCAUUUCUAACCAGCACUGCCUUCUGUUUCUUGGUUUUCCUCAUUCCCAUUUACCCUUUCUUUGCUGUUGCUUAUGAUGGGCCUUUAUUGUAUGACUACACUGCUUAUUCCGAGUGCAAAGCAGUACCAGAGGAACCACUUUAUAAUGGAGGGAUUAUCAAAGACCAACCUCCAAAUCUGAAGCCCACUAGCAUUAUUAACGAUUCUUCAACUGCAUUUACUCCAGCUCUGAUCCUCAAUAAUCUCACUCAAGGGAUUUAUUGCUUUUCCAUAUGGGUGAGAAUACAAGGUGCAGAAUCGGGUCUCGUAACCGCGAGCUUAACAACAGAUAAUGAGAGAAACAACUGCGUAGGGACUGUCUUUGCUAAUACUGAAUGCUGGUCAUUCCUUAAGGGUGGAUUCAUUCUUGAUGCACCUUCCAAUUUAUCAAUACUCUAUUUUAAGAAUUCAGCAGAUAGUAAUAUCAAUAUUGCAAUAGCUAGCGCUUCUUUGCAACCAUUUACUGAUCACCAGUGGAGAACAAAUCAGCAAUAUAUAGUUAACUCGGUAAGGAAGCGGGCUGUGACAAUUCACGUGUCAGAUAAUCAUGGAGAUAAAUUGGAAGGUGCAGCCAUUACCAUAGAACAAAUCUCUAAAGAUUUCCCACUUGGUUCAUCAAUUUCAAGUAAAAUUCUUGGAAAUUUGCCCUAUCAGAAUUGGUUUGUAGAACGAUUCAAUGCAGCAGUCUUCGAAAACGAGCUCAAGUGGUAUGCCACAGAACCUGAACAAGGGAAGGUAAAUUAUACCAUACCAGACAAAAUGUUAGAACUCCUUCGAGCAAACCAAAUAACUGGUAGAGGACACAACAUAUUCUGGGAAGAUCCAAAGUACACACCAAAAUGGGUUCAAAAUCUUUCAGGUGAUGCACUAAAAUCAGCAGUCAAUUCGAGGAUUCAAAGCCUAAUGAGCAAAUACAAAGAGGAAUUCAUACAUUGGGAUGUCAGCAAUGAAAUGUUGCACUUUGAUUUCUACGAGCAAAGGCUCGGUCCUGAUGCCACAUUACAUUUCUAUGAGACAGCACAUCAAGCAGACCCUUUAGCUACCUUGUUUAUGAAUGAAUUUAAUGUUGUGGAAACUUGUAGUGACGUGAAUUCAACUGUGGAUACAUACAUUUCAAGGUUAAGGGAGCUUGAAGGUGGAGGAGUAUUCAUGGAUGGAAUUGGACUGGAGAGUCACUUUUCAGUGCCAAAUCUUCCUCUAAUGAGAGGUAUCUUAGACAAAUUGGCUACUCUUGGACUCCCCAUUUGGCUAACUGAAGUUGACAUUAGCAAGAAUUUCGAUCACAAAUCUCAGGGUAUUUAUUUGGAACAAGUAUUAAGAGAAGGCUUUUCACAUCCUGCAGUGAAUGGGAUAAUGCUGUGGACUGCACUACAUUCAGAUGGGUGUUACCAAAUGUGCCUUACUGACAAUAAUUUCCAAAACCUACCAGCAGGAGAUGUGGUUGACAAUCUACUCAAAGAAUGGAAAACUGGAAACAUAAAUGGAUACACUGAUGAACAUGGCUCGUUUAGCUUCUCUGGCUUCUUAGGUGAAUACAGAAUAAGUGUUCAAUUUGGUAACGCAGCUUCUAAUUCAACCUUCUCACUCUCUCGAAGUCUUGAAACUAAGCAUUUUAACAUUCAAUUGUAACCCACGAAUAUACCUUGCUUGUUACUUGACGAUAGGGAAACCAACCACUUAUAAUAGUUGUUGAGUCACUAUUUAUUGCAAUUUAAUAGCAAUUUCUACG